UAUUCUUCUUCGAGCUUGAUCAUCGAUCGAUUUCCUCUGCGGCCGUAAAAAGUUGUGGAAAAGAAAAAUGCCGCUCUUCGAUACCGUGCUGCAGGAAAAACCGGCGAUUGUGCUAGAAAUCGGCACCGCUUUGGCCAAAUUAGGGUUCGGCGGAGAACCGUAUCCGCGGAUUAUCGUGCCGUCGUUGGUCCUGGACCAUAAAGCCAAAAAUGCCGGGCAAACCACACCGAAUCGACGGCUGUACGACUACGCCAAUGAGGAGGAGUUGUACAAUCUGCUGGUGGAGUUCCUGAAAACCGUGUUCUUCAAACAUGUUCUUGUUAGCCCGAAGGAGCGCAAGGUGGUCAUCGUGGAGUCUUCCCUGGCCCCCACCAGCAUCAAACAGAACCUGGCCCGUGCCCUGUUCUGCCACCUGGACGUUUCGUCCGUUCUUUUCAUACCGAUGCAUCUCGUGGUCCUGGCCACGCUCGCCAUCGACACGGCGCUGGUUAUCGACAUGGGAUACAAGGAAACCGUCGUGGUGCCGGUCUUCAGUGGCGUCCAGGCGCUCUACGCCUGGGAGGCACAACCGCUAGCAGCCGAGAGUGUGCACGCCGAGAUAAAGCGACAACUGGUUGAGACCGGCGUCAAAGAGGAGCUGCUGACGGAGAGUAUCAUCGAGGACAUUAAAGUACGCACAUGCUUCGUAACGACGCGAGAACGGGCAAUCGCGUAUCGUUCGGAAGAUCCGGCUAUUUCCGGUGCAAUAAAGCCUGCCCCCGACGUAGAGUAUCCAGUAAGAGGGGAGGAAAUCAUUAAGAUUUCGGGCCGGCUGCGCGAAACGGCGUACGAAGUCGUGUUUCCCGAGGACAACGAUCGACUCGGUCUACCGUACAUCGUCCUCAACUCGAUUCUCAAAUGUUCGCGCGAUAUGCGAGUCCCGUUGGCUAACAAUCUGGUGCUCAUAGGAGGAUCGUGCAUGGCACCGGGAAUGACGGCACGAUUGAAAGCCGAACUACUAGCAUUGCUUCAGACCGAUCUGUACAAGGAUCGCCUGUUCCUACAGACGUUCAAAUUCCACAAGACACCAUCCGAGCCAAACUACACGGCCUGGCUCGGUGGGUCGAUCUACGGUACCACCGAUCUGGUUCUCACAAAGUCUAUCACACGCGACGCAUACGCCAGGGACCAAAGCAUUCCCGAUUUCACAAACUAUGAAGAGGGUAGACAGCUGGCGCACCGUGGCUGACGGCUAAAGGAUCCGGGAGCGCGCGGGCCAAGCUCGACAAGACGGAGACCUCCCGUUGUCGGUUGAACGGUAUAAAAUAGAUAACAACUUUUUUAAGCAUUAUUCUAACAUUAUUUAUCUAAUAAAUAUUUCGCAUCUAACCUAUUGGAACUAUCGAGCAAUGAUUUUCUUUAACAAACGGGUACGGGAUGCUGUUUCCACUGCGAUUACAUCAUAGCAACCGAUCAUCAUCCUUCGACUAGCUCAAAUCAGCGCACCACCAAAGACAACCAAUACAACGGAACAAGAAAGAUAUUCGUCAAAA